AUGGCAGACUCCCUGAGCUCGCAGAGAAUCCUCACCUUGAAGGAGAAGGACAACACCACAUCCCUCUGCACACCUGACACCGUUGGUGCCAUGCCUCUGCAGCAGUCUGACAAAACGACUGCGCAAGAUAGUUCAACGAGUCCGGCCCAUGGGGAGGCGGUUUCCGCCUCAACUCGAGGCCUGGCCAGCAGCAUGAGGACGCUGUCCGCCCCUUUAGGCCCGGUAGCGCCGCAAUCCCUCUCCACCACGCUCUUGGAGAAUGUCGUUGACACCGGGAGGCUUGAGAAGAGGCACCAGGCACAAGCACAAGCCCAGGCACACCACACUGUGGUGAGCAGAGGGGAGGGAGCACACCCUCCCUGAAACACGCACGCCACAUCUCUCCUCUGCGUGUGUGUGUCUGCGGGGUAUGUGACUCUAGGACGUCGGCGGCCCACUGUUGGACCAUGGUGGCGGUGCAUCUGGCCGCCAUAUGUCCAUGCCCCCCGUCGUGGCAAAACCCCCGGCCGGUCGGGACAGGCCUGCGAUGGGCCGUCUGUCGUCGGUCGACCAGCUCAUCCUGGGCGAGUACAACGACUACCUCAUCCGAGAGGUCACCAACGAGCAGGACACCAGCCUCCUGGCGAGCACGGCCUCGGGCGGGGACAUGAGCGACUUCUCCAGCUACCACCAGUAUCAGUGGGACGACCUCGGGGACGCAUACCAUUCGCUGGACGGGGGCGAUGUGACGGACGUACGGCGGUAUUCCUCAUUGGAUGCGUUGGGCGUGUCGGACUCACGGAGGGCCGUGGCGCAGAUACAGGUAAGGUAGAACGCCUGACUGCCUGCCUGCAUGGACAGAAAGAAAGACUCAAUGCGGCGUUGUCUCGCACUGAGGAUUUUGUUGUUUGUGUGGAUGUGUGGAUGUGGGCGUGGCGCUUGUAGGGGUAUCGAGCUACUCCUGCUGACCCGCUGACCCUCCUGAGCCCGGGGGAGAUCAGGCGGGCGGCAGUGGUGGGGCUCACCAUGUGCGUCCUGUCGACUGCAUGCUUCGCCACCAUGUCUCUAUUCGUCAAACUCAACGCCCUCGCGCACAUCGGUGAGACAACAACGGCAUCAAGCGCCUCAGAGGCCCGAGCGUGUGUUUGGCCACUGUCGCGUGUGUGCGUGUGUGUGUGUGGAUGGAUUGUCAGGUUCUGCCGAGACGAUGUUCCUGCGGUGUUGUUUCCAGUUCCUUGUGACGCUGGUGUGGAUCAAGCUUGGCACUCUGCCGCACCAGCCGCUCGACAAACCCAUUCUGCCGCCGCCGACCAGGCGGAUGCCGCACCUAAGGUCAGAUCAGAUAGAUACCCACGCCACAGCAAAGGCGGAAGAGCCCUUAUCUGUGUGCGUGUGUGGUCCGGUGUGUGGAUGGAUUGUCAGGUAUUGGGUGAUACUGCGCGGUGUCGUGGACUGCAUCGGGGUGUCGUGCUACUACGUGGCCCUGACGAAGCUCAGCCUCGCAUACGCGACCAUCCUCUACUUCACUGCACCGUUUUUCGCCGGUCAGUACUGACACAAGAGAACACACACACACACACGGAGAUCGAUCGCAUGAAUGAGUGUGUGUGUCCCGCCCUGCUCACAGGCAUCACGUCCCGUCUGCUGAUCAAGGAGCCUUAUGGCUUGGCCGAGGCGCUCUAUGGUAUCGGUGCCAUCUUUGGCGUGGCUCUGUCGUCCAUCGGCGAAUCGGGGGCUGCUGGCAGCCCCGGCACGCCCACCGACCGAGCAGACCAGAUCGUGGGCAUCGUGUGCGCCCUGUUCGGUGCCUUCUGCCAGGGACUCACCUUCUGCUUUAUCCGCAAGAUCGGUCUCCGGGCUCAUUACCUGCAGCUUGUGAAUGCCUUCGCCUCGGCCGGCAUCGCCUUGAUGCCGAUCUUCUUGCUGAUCCAGGGCCACUGGCCUUGGGAGGACACUCGGGCGCGGUGGACCUGGGUAGUGAUGGUCUACACGCUGUGUAUCGGGACCUUUGCCACUAUUGGGCAGCUCUUCCUGAAUCUGGGGGCGCAGCGGAUCAAGGCGAGCGUUGCGUCGCUGCUGAGGACGCUGGACAUUCUCUUCACGCUGAUACUGCAGAUGCUGGUGCUCAACGAACCACCGCCCGUACUCAGCUGUGUGGGCUGCUUUGUGAUCAUUCUGUGCUGUACACUGUCGGCGGGGAGCCGACACCAUUGAGAGACGACAGAGAGAGGGGGAGAGGGGGAGAGGGAGGGAGGGAGGGAGGGAGGGGCCUGUCUGCCUGUCUGUCUGUCUGUUCGGUGUACAUACAUACAUAUCUCGCUGGCUCACCUGUACACGUGACACUCCCAAGUUUUGACCCGCAUUUUGCUCUCUCGGGGCAUACACACCCACCCAAUGCAAUGCACAUGUCGUCCGUCUUGUGCUCACUUCUCAGCCGUGAUGAGAGGGCCGGGCCCAUUGUCCUUUAUUUUUUGGGCCGCUCAGUCAGUAAGUG